GCGAGGCCUUCACUGCGUCCUCUGCCAGGGUCUGAAAUGUGGCUGGAUUUAGUGACAAGGUUAAAAAUGAGAGAAAUGUACUUGUGUUACCUCCCAGUUAUUCUCUUGGGCUCUGCAAGACGUGGUUUCCAGGUUUGGUAGAGAAUAGGUGAGGGCAGCCGGCUCUGUUCUGAAUUACUCAACAGCAGUACAGGCUGAGAUGCUUUUGCACAAUUCAACGAGACAGCUGCCUUCCCACAGUAGCUAUCCCAGAAAAAUCCUAAGAAAAAACCAAAGCUACCAGUCUGCUCAGCUGACAACUUAAGCUUUCGGUCUCUCUUUGAAGAAAGCUGUACAGGGACCGCGGCGGCCGCCUUCCCGAGGAGCUUCCAUCCCCUCAGGAUUUGCCUGGCACUCCGGGCCGUCAUAGAGACCUGUACUGCGUUUGUAAUUCCCCCUGCUGCUGGCUCUCUCCUUUUUCUAGCUAAAUGACGCAGGUUUGUGGCAGGGCAGAAGAAUAAUGCCAGGCACAAACAGAUUAAGUCACCCUCGGACAAACAGAUUAAGUCACCAGUGCUCCUUCCUCAGCCCUUAGUUGCAGCACAAUGGAUGUGAUAAUGGGCCGCUUAAGGCACUGAAAGUCCCUUCCUCAGAGCCGUGGGAAGAGGGCGGAGGAGGCAGGAUGGGGGGACCCCCGCCUGGACCCUCGGGCACAGGCUCGGAUUGGGCCGCAGAGGGACACGUAAAGGAGGAGUUCCAAUUUGCACAGCAGAGCCAGGGUAUAAAAGGGCAGCACGGUGGCCCCAUCGAGGAGUCGCUGCUUCGUGCUCUUCGCUGCGUGGCUGCUGUUUGGUUGGUGAUGGAGAGAACAGCUGAGCUGCCUGCUGCCCCUUCACCCUUCUGGUCGCUGCUGGCGCUGCUGCGGCGGGAGCCCGGCUUGGGGUGGCUGCCGUGUGCUCCGGACGGCUGCCCCGCAUCGUGUGGCACCAGCGGACUGGAGGCUGGCAGCGGAGAAGGAGAAGAUAAACUCAGCCAAGUUCCUGAGAAGAAUUCCUUGGGCCCUUGGCCCCUGAAGGCUCUGCUAUUACUGGAGGGCUCAAGAGAAGGACACUUAUGGCAAGACUACCAUGAAGGCCUGAAAAACUUUCUUUCCUUUAGAGACGGCAGGUCUCUGUCUGCAGUCUGGCCAAUUCCAGUGGAACAAAUUAGAAGGUUUCUGGUCGCCAUGGAGUUCCAGGAUCUGCCUCCCGCAAAAAUAAUCACGUAUAUGGAAGGCCUGUCCUUCAUCUCCAGAAUGGUAGAUCAUCCUGCUCCUCUUUCAGAUCCUCUUGUCUGUUACAUGAUAUCAAGGCUGAAACAGAGGACUAGCCAUUCAAAUGUUGAAUACUCUCCUGUAACAAUUGAAGUGUUAAGAUCUCUCCUGGGAACUCUGGAGUCUGUGUGUUGCUGUCCUUAUGAGUGUAUAUUGUUCCGUGCCAUUUUUACUGUAGCUUUUUUUGGUGUACUCCAUAUAGAAGAGAUGGUACUAAAUCGCCAAAAUAUAGCACAGCCAGACCUCCUGUACCUGAGUGACCUCCAGAUGACAGAAGGAAGUGCAACCCUUUUUCUGCAUCCAUCUCAUGUGGGCCAACAGAGCUGCUUGAUCCGACUGAGCCUACGUAGAGAGACGUGGGUCUGUCCUGUUGAAGCUCUCCGUAUCUACGUGAGAGCACGGCCCCCAGGAGAGGGCCCCCUCUUUGUGCACUCAGACAGUAGGGCUGUCACAAGGAGGGAGUUCCUCAAUGUCUUCCGCUCUGGUCUCAGUUUUGCUGGACUUCCUCCAAAGCAGUAUGCAGUGCAUUCCUUCUGGCUGGGGAACUCUAACAGGAGAAUCUCACGGGUAAUCCCAGAACGUGAUUAAUAGAAUGGCGAGGUGGUGGUGGAGAUUCUGAAAGACACAUACUUCUGUCUCUGUUGCACUUUUAUAGUAGAAGGUAUCUUCUGCAAUGCACAAAUUUUAUACUUUAUAUAGGCUAAAUUUUCACUGCUCUGUAAAGCUAGAGAGAAUGGGAGGAACAAGUGGAAGGUGACUUCACACCUGGGGUGGUUUUGAGAAUGAAGUGUCAUGGUUUUAAAAGUGGGACUUGUGGGGCACAUGGUAUUCUGCA